AUGGGUAACGAAAAUAAUGUUAACCCCAAUCCUACAAUUACUUUUGAAGCCGAAACAUUUAGAAGGAUUCAACCUGAGGAAUAUUUACGUAAAUUCGUUCAACAGCAUGUUAGACCUGAUGGUUGUAUAACAACGGCCGAUGGCUCUUCCAUGGUACGAAUAGGAAACACGACCAUAGUUUGUGGCAUCAAAGCCGAAGUAUCGGAACCGAAACUAAAUUUUCCCAAAGAAGGUUAUUUAGUUCCGAAUAUCGAUUUGUCACCAAUUUGUUCACCGAGGUUUAAACCUGGGCCUCCAAGCGAACAAGCACAGAUCUUAAGUGAAAAUUUAAACAAAUUAUUAAAAAAUCCAAAGGUAAUUGAUUUAGAAACAUUAUGUAUUCAAGAGGGAAAAGCUGCUUGGGUUUUGUUUGCAGAUAUUGUUUGCGUAAAUUAUGAUGGAAAUAUAUUUGACGCUUGUGUAAUGGCAUUAAUAUCUGCUUUAGCAGAUGUAAAACUUCCUAAAGCAGUUUAUGAGGAUGGCUUAGUAAAAGCUACUGAAGAGAAGAUAAUUGCUCUUAGUUUUAUACGGACACCUUAUUCCAUAUCUUUUGCAAUGUUUGACGGGAAACAUUUGUUGGCUGAUCCAAAUGAAAUGGAAGAAUCAAUCAUCAAAAGUGCAAUCACAAUAGCCAUUGACGAAACUGGACAACUAUGUAAUAUAUGGAAAGUUGGAACUUCAUGCACACCGGAACAAUUGAGAACUUGCAUAUCCAAAGCACGUGAUAGAUAUGUAGAUAUCACUUCGAUCAUUGAGAAAGCAAGACAAGCAACUUGA